AUGGUCCUCGGACUCGCAUUAAUGGGCGUCAUGGCCCCAGCAAUAAUGAACAUGGACCAAAGCUCCAAGAGCCCUGAAGCCGGUCGCCAGCACGCCAAGCGACAACGAGGCCAUUUACUCGCACAGUGUUAUACCAGCGAAGAAACGCCAGAACAACGAGACCAACUGCACAACGCACAGGUAUAUCUCGAGGAAGACGGAAAGUUGUACGUAACCAAAUACCCGACUCCAACGAUGGCCCCCUUUGACGGCCACUUCUAUACCCACCCCGACUUUCCUCCAGAUGAUAUAUCCGGACUCAUCACGUUAAGCGGGGAGACACCGCCUCUAGCUCGAUGGGUCUUUCUCGAUGCCGAGGCGAAUGAGAUGCGCUAUGGAGGGAAAGCGGAUACUCAGGGCCAUAUCUGUGGACCGUUUGAUCUACACGAUGCCGAGAAUGGAUAUAUCACGCUUGAACGGCGACAAAGAUGGCUGGCCGUGAAGUUGCCGGAACAGCGGGUCCGAGAAGAAGAGGCGCUGGAGCUGGGGAUUGCCGAGUCUGAAUAUGGGGGGAGAGGAUUGUGGACGUUGUACUUUGAUCGGGAUGAGUAUGUGCUGCCGGCUGGAACGCAGUGGGUGAAGCUUCGUUUGAGGCAUGUUCCAGUAGAAAAGUAG